AUGGUUCUAAAGUAUGGAUAUGUGAUAGGUGAACAAGUCAAUAAUACAACUGCAACAGGGGGGAAAAUUAUUACUCCUGCAAAAACACCCGAAGUGAUUAGUCUUUCUGUCGUAAAUUCUUCAAGAUUCUUGAUCCUUGGAACUAAACCGGAAAUCCUUGAAUGGCUUCGUGAACAUUCUCACAUAAAACUCGAAGUUCAUCUAUUUGAUGACGACAAAAUUGAAGCGUCACACAUUCACAUUCCAGACAUAGUAACCGAUAUUUUACCAACGUUAGAUCUUACUGGUAAUUCUCAGCAAAGAUCUUUUAUUGAUUAUAUUAACCCUCUUCAUCAUCCAGAUCCUUCAGAUGAAGAGGUUCGCCUUGAAUUUCGUCCUCAAAAUCCAAAAAUUGAUGAUAAUAGUGAACCUUACAUUCGACUUAUUGUAAAAAGAAGUUCUUCACUUGGUGAAAUUGUUGAUGAGUUGCAACUAAAAUGGGAUUCGAUGGUAUAUCCGAGUGUUUGGGAUAAUUUUAAAAAGAUUACUAGUUCUUUAUUAAAUGAGGAAAAUGAUACACUUGAUUCUGUUGUUGAUGAUUCUUGA